GAUAUUAUCAAUUCCAGGGUUUUCGUUGAUCGAGCUUGGAGCGCCAUAGCCAGGGCUUAGAUCUAGCUAGAAGGCGAUUCGAUCGCCAUGGAUAUCACGCAAAUGGAUGCCAGGACGCUGUCGCUGAUGAUGGCGGGGGGAUGCGCGAUGCUGGCGAUGCAUUUCACAUUCAAGCUUGUGUCGGAGCAUCUCUUCUACUGGAAGAACCCUAAGGAGCAGAAGGCGAUCCUCAUCAUCGUCCUCAUGGCGCCGCUCUAUGCCAUCGAUUCUUUCUUCGGCCUUGUCCAGAUCACAGGCAGCGAGGCGCUCUUCACGUUCUUGGAUGCGAUCAAGGAGUGCUACGAGGCACUGGUGAUCGCGAAAUUCUUGAGCCUCAUGUAUAGCUACAUGGGGAUCUCGAUGAGCAACAAUGUGAUUCCCGACGAGAUCAAGGGCCGGAAAAUUCACAAUUCUUUUCCAAUGACGCUGUUCUUGCCUCACGAAGUUCCGCUCAACCAACACACUCUCAAGCUUCUCAAAUCCUGGACAUGGCAAUUCGUGAUCAUUCGUCCGGUGCUAUCCAUCCUCAUGAUCUCGCUCCAACUUCUCGGCAUGUACGAGGGGCCGAUCACUUGGAUCAUCUCGCUCGUCCUCAACUCCUCGGUCACACUGGCAAUGUAUUCGCUCAUCCAAUUCUACCAUCUCUUCGCCAAGGAGUUGGCUUCUCACAAGCCUCUCGCGAAGUUCCUGUGCAUCAAGGGAGUGGUCUUUUUCUCCUUCUGGCAGGGCAUUGUUAUGCAAAUUCUCGCAUCCGCAGGCAUGAUCCAGAAGCAAAAGAAACUCAACGUCAACCAGAUCGAGGAAGCGUACCAAAACCUCUUGGUUUGCUUGGAAAUGGUGGCAUUCGCGGCGAUCCAGCAGUACGCUUUCAGUGCCGAGGAGUACGCGGGAGAAGCUCAAGCCAAGCUCAAGGCAGCAGCAGCCGAAAAGAAAGACGAUUGAUCGAAAGAAGCUCUCACGAAGAACUUGCGAAGAUCACGCGAAGAACACACGAGAUAUGCUACUUACGUGUAAGUUUGUAUUUUCUUGCAGCUAUUCAUCGACGAAGACCACGCGAAUCUAAUUUGAAUGGUAACGGGAAUAUACCCUCUUCACUCGAGGAAGAA